AUGUCCCUGCGAGCAGACGCAGCCCAGUGUGGAGGGGUGGUGGUGGAGCUUGAGUCUGAUGACAUCAGGGAGGCUCGGGCCAGGAAGGCCAGGAGUACAUCAGGGUCAGCCCUCAUCUACCUCAGGGGCCCUAAAUUCCUGAUCUACGUCAGUGGGGCGCUGUCCAUGUGGGGUGACCGUAUGUGGCACUUUGCCAUUUCGGUGUUCCUGAUCGAGCUGUAUGGACGGAACCUGCUGCUGACCGCAAUAUUCGGCUUGGUGGUGGCGGGGUCAGUGCUGCUGUUAGGGGCGUUGAUUGGGGACUGGGUUGACCGCAACCCCAGGAACAAAGUGGCACAUGCAUCCUUGUUGGUUCAGAACAUUUCAGUGACGGUGUGUAGCAUUGUGCUGAUGUUGGUCUUCUUAUAUAAACAGUGGAUUGAAAGCAUUUGGGAUGGCUGGUUAACUGUGGUUUGUUAUACGGUGGUGAUCGUCCUGGCAGAUGUGGCUAACCUAGCAAGCACAGCGCUGACUAUCGCCAUCCAGAGGGACUGGAUUGUGGUUAUCACUGGAUACAACCGGGGUCACCUCGCCGGGAUGAAUGCUACCAUGCGGCGCAUCGAUCAGGUGACCAACAUCCUGGCACCACUGGCGGUGGGACAGGUCAUGACCCUGGCCUCCAACGUGAUCGGCUGCGGUUUCAUCCUGGGCUGGAACCUGGUGUCCCUCAUCGUAGAGUUUAUCUUCCUGUCCCGGGUCUACCGCAUUGUCCCGGCGCUGUCCGUCAAACCACCUGCGCCCGAGGACGGCCAGGCCUCCCUGGAGAGACCAGCAAAGAGGACGGAGGGACUGCUGGAGAGGAGGGGGUCACAAGGUCAGUCCCCGGGCCUCAGUGAUGACGACAUGAGCCUGAACCUCAAGGAGAUCACCAACCUGCCUCUAUGUUUUGGACGCUUCCGCUGGCUGCUGAGCACCUGUAAGGACGGCUGGAUGGCCUACUACCGCCAGGAUGUCUUCCUGGCUGGGAUGGGCCUGGCCUUCCUCUACACAACUGUCCUGGGCUUCGACUGCAUCACCACGGGCUACGCCUACACCCAGGGCAUCAGUGGCUCCCUGCUCAGUCUGCUGAUGGGGGUCUCGGCUAUAACAGGCCUCAUGGGCACCAUCAUGUUCACCAAGCUGAGGAAGGCCUACGGUUUAGUCAACACAGGCAUCAUCUCCAGCUGUCUCCAUCUUUGCUGUCUGCUGCUGUGUGUGUGUUCUGUGUUCGCCCCCGGCAGCCCCAUGGACCUCCGCCUGCUCAGGCCCUUCCUGGACGCCAACGCCAACUCAACGUUGUCGGCGGCCGGGGGGAUGGUGGAGGGCCAGAGGCAGAAACACACCUACCCGAUGCGGGGUGGCAUUAAUCAGCCACUGCUGCCCGACCGCUCGUCCAUCCACUGGACCAACAACACGGUGCUGUUUGAGAAUAUGCCAUCAGGCAUGGAGCCAGACUCCUACAUCUCUAUAAUCCUGCUGUUCUUGGGGGUCAUCACAGCACGCAUCGGUCUGUGGUCCUUUGACCUGACCGUGACCCAGCUGCUUCAGGAGAACAUCUGUGAGUCAGAACGUGGUGUGGUCAACGGGGUCCAGAGCUCCAUGAACUACUUGAUGGACCUUCUCCACUUCAUCAUGGUCAUCUCUGCUCCGCAGCCCCAGCACUUUGGCAUCCUGGUCAUCAUCUCUGUACUGUUCAUCACCACAGGACACACAAUGUACUUCCUAUACGCACGCAAAGCCAAGAGGAAACCUGCUGGAUGCCUGGACACGUAG